UUCCUCUCCUCAACAGUUGCUCUCCCCAUUAUUACCUCCCAAGAAAACCUCCACUAAAGCCCGUCCUCUUAAGUUUACCUUCAAAUACUUUGGGACUGCAACUCCUCUGAAAGUUCCCACUCUUCUGCCUUUGGGAUUGCAGCUGCUCUGAAAGCUCCCAAUCUUCUUUUUCUUACUCUUCAGAUGGGCUGUGCAAGAAGGAUCUCGUCCCCUUAAAAUGUCAUCAUCGGCCCCUAGUGCGGUGGGUGGAAUAGAGUCCCUGAAACGUGGGUGGCUGGCCCUUGUAUGCUUGGACUCCAUGAGUUCUAUACUUUUAAGACAACCUUCAACGUUCUUUCCUCUCUUCUGACCCCUUCUUUGUUUACAUCCCUUAGUUGUCUUUUUUUAAGAUUCUGUAUGCCAAAGAGACCCAAAUCUUUGAGAUCAAGAGAUCUACGUCCUCCCAACCCUUACCGUCUUUUGAGAACCAUCGAAUCACUUGGUAGGGCCAAACCGAACGCGUAAAUCCCACACUACAUCCUAUACAUUAGUAAAGAGGAGCACAGCAACAGGAAGAGGAGGACUGCUAUCUUUUCUCUUCACACAUCGUUCUCUGGAGAAGAGAGGGAGAGAGAGAGGAAGAGGGGAAAAAAUGGGUAACUGUGUGUUCAGAGGUUUUGGAGAGGGAGGUGGCUUGAUGAUAAAGGUGGUGACGAUCAACGGCGGCGUGAUGGAGCUCCAUCCGCCGGUCACCGUGGAGUGCAUCACCAAUGGGUUCCCGGGCCAUGGCAUCUUUCGGAGCCGCGACCUCUUCUCGAAGCCGCUUCUUCACAACGAAGAGCUCGUCGGAGGGGAGUUGUACUAUCUCCGCCCCCUCAGCGACUCCCACAAGGGCCUCCCCUCGCUCGUCGCUCCUUACCGCGUGUCCUUUGACCACCAUGGGUUCUGGAGGCGGCAAGACAUGGAGGUGGUGCCCAAGUUUCACACCAAUGGCGGCAAUGGAGGUGGGGUUGGUGGGGUGUGGAAGGUGAAGCUAGUGAUAAGCCCGGCACAACUUAAUGAGAUCCUGUCUCAGGAUUCGAGGACCGAGGCGUUGAUAGAGAGCGUGAGGACGGUGGCCAAGUGUGGGAAUGGAGCGGCCUCCGUGGCGAGCUCAGAUCAAUGGAGCUUGGCUAGCAGCAGGAAGGCUUCUUCCGAAAGCAUGGAUUAGCAGCCUGAAGAAAGAAAACUUUUUCUUUCUUAGGGUUGUCCUACUAAUAACAUAUAAUUGGGAGGUAAUGUUAAUACUAUGAGUCUCUGACUCGCUUGUCCUUUGUAAUAUUAGAAUGACUUUGUGUCCCCUGAGACACUUUGUUAUGCUUUUUCUCCUUUAUCUUUCUGUGGGAGUGUUGGUGCCAUCAUGGGGGAGCAUGUCGAGCUGUCCUUUGUUAUUAUGUUUUUUGCUUUUUUUCUUUUCUCCUUUUUUCCCUUUUAAUUUCCUUAUGGAGAUGUAGAGACUGACAAAGGAAAUCUUAGAACAUGGAUUGGCUUUCUUAUGUUGCUGAACAGUUGGAUUCAGCAUUAUGAGCUACAAGUGUUUGGAGUGGGACUUGCGAUCAAUCCAAAGGGCAUUGAGUUGUAUGCCUUGGUAUGUUGUUUUGUAGCAGCCAAAGGUUUGGCUUUUUUAAUCUACUCGUCUUGUAAACUUGUUCAAGCAUAUUAAAAUGUUGAUCUUUGGAUCA